CUCAAAAUAAUGACAAAAAUCCCCCAUUUUAGUCAUACCAAUAUAGACUCGUUUAUCUUCAAAACGAGAUUUUAAUCUGAUAAAAAUUAAACAAAGUUUCAAGAUGCAGCUAAUAACUCCAAAAAAUUCAGCUUCUGGUCAAAUAUUUCUGAUGAAUUGUGAUUUUCUUCUCAAGAUCUGUCAACCCUUAAAAACUGUGAAAAACCCGAUGAGAAUGUUAGGUGCAACGUUAUUUCUACUAUUCUUUUCAUACGGUGAGAGUGGCCCGUCAGAUUUAGCGGAUUCUAACAAACUGAGAGAUUGUUAUUAUUAUCUUCUGUGUACAAAGAAUUAUACUCAAGAAUUUUACGAAAUAACAGAGAAGGCUGGUCCAACGUAUAAACCUAAAAUAUGGGAGUGGAAGAAGGAUAUCUCUGGUGCUGAUGUAACGACUGAAAAUAGUGUAGAAAAUUGGGUCAAAUACAGGAAUAAGGAGUGCGCUCUUUCAGAGGACGAAAGGAAUAGGCAUUUCCAUGAAUUUGGCCAAAUAUCUGGCGAAUAUGGUCUAGUAGUUUGCAUGAAUAUCUUUUCUCCAGAAUGCAAGGAAGUAGAAGAGAUGGGAACUGUACUGGCUAAAUCGUUUGAACAAUAUUAUGAGAACGGAGAAUGUAAGCUGAUGGACGAAUGAAGUGGACCGUUAAUAUUGCAUUAAGCCGAUGAGUGGUACAAAAUUCACACUGGUGUUUAUUAAUGCAUUAAUGAUUUUC